AUGGCGUCUGUCUCUGGAUGUGAAAAUUACAUGUAGCGCUCCUGUCUGUUAAAGGUGUCACUGUCGCACCAGCGUCCCGUUUUACAGCCCAGAACACGGUAACGUGAUGAAGAGGAGGCGAGGAGAGAUGAAGGGGAGAAGGAGAGGAGCGCUUCACUGAUGCUGCUGAAUGUUUUUUCUCCUUGCAUAGCAUGAAUGGUCUGAUGUCUGCCCGGACUCUGAUUGGCGCAGGAUAAUUGCUUUUGUUAACAGAGGCAGUGAUUUGUAUUUCCGUGAAGGUGUUUGCUUUUAUUUUAUCUGACAAAUAUCAAGACUCUUGUUCUGUGGGCUCUCUUCAGCAGGGGCGCAGCUGGAUUUUGGGCCCACCCUGCUCUUGGACCCCCUUUUAAAAAUUAUAUAAUCAGCGUGAUUUUUGUGUGGGGCCCUCUCCCGCUCUUCUAACCUCACUAACAAAUGUGCAGCAGAAUGAUCAUACUGGCUACCCUCCACCGCUGUGCCCUGACUGCUGGUUUAUGACUGGUAACUGUGCUGCGCUGUGUGUUGUGUCUCUCAUGCCUUGCUCAACAACACCACUAUGAUAGGCUCACCUGACGUGGUGGCAUUCACUAAAGACGAUGAGUAUGGACAGACAACUCCCGACCUGUGGGCUCUGCCCGAGGAGUUCUCUGUCCCUCUCCAUCCGCUUGCUGACUCCAACCCCUGGGCUAAAACCUCUUACGCCAAGUUCACCAAAGACUUCAUCCUCAUCUCUGAGUUCUCUGAGCAGGUGGGCCCUCAGCCGCUCCUCACCAUCCCCGACGACCCCAAAGUCUGUGGCACCUUCGAUCUCAACUACUUCUCCCUGCGCAUCAUGUCAGUGGACUACCAAGCCUCCUUUGUGGGACACCCGCCUGGGAGUGGCUACCCAAGGCUCAGCUUUGUGGAGGACUCGAGGGUGGUGCUGGGUGACUCAAAGGAAGGGGCGUUCGCCUACGUUCAUCACCUCACGCUUUACGACCUGGAGGCGAGGGGCUUUGUUCGACCAUUCUGUAUGGCCUACGUCUCAGCAGAUGAAAGGAAGAUCAUGCUGCAGUUUCAGGAGCUGUCCCUGCGUUUCUCACAGGCCUCUGAGUGUCUGAAAGCUGGGAACAGGAGAGCGUUUGCCAAGGAACUCCAGAGGAAGCUCCAAGACCUGGAGUACACUCACUCCGUGCUGCAAAAGGAGGAGGGCCUGCAGAGGGAGGCGAGUCCUCAGUGCAUGUACUCCGCUCAUGCUGUCGAGAAAGCCAACGAGCUUGCGAACGUGGAGAAGAGCAUCUACGAACACAGAGACCUGCUGAGACAGAUCAGCUCCUACCAUCACCGCCCACGCCGCGAUCCUCAUGCUGUCACCUGUCAGAAGUGUGUCACUGAGUGCUUGAGCGAGUGCGAACAGCUGUUAGAGAAAUACGCCAAGCUUGCCAACCCCUUCAAAUACGCUGACAAAGAGGAGAAGGGGGAGGAAGGGCAGGGUCCAGUUGAUGAUGAAGGAGGUGAACAAGAAGUGGACGAGGAUGAAGAUGAAGUCAUUAAACGCAGGCCCUCCUACACGCCACAGCUGAUCAAAGCCAAGUCCGCAAAGUGUUUUGACAAGCGCCUGAAGACGCUGCAAGAGCUGUGUGACGAUACGUUCUACGAGGCCACUGUUGAGCUCCUGAAGGAGACUGAGAGGAGUUUCCGGGGAGACCUGUGUUACCUGCACACACGCCGCCUGGAGAGGGCGCUGUGCAGGAAACAGAGAGUUACCAACUUCCUGUUUGAGGAGGACCUCGGUGGUGAUGAUGAGGAGGACGUAGGGGGAACACUGAGACCAUUCUGUGCUGUGAACCAUGCUGUAGAUAACUUUACACUCUUAAAUCCACCUCCUAUUGUGCUGGGACCAGAACCUCUAGAGCUACAUGUCCUGGAGCCUCCAGACCCUCUCAACCGUACUCAAGAGAGUGAGCUCGGGAUUGCGGACAAUCUGGAGUCCUCCCCCUCGGACCAGACUCUGGAGACCCAGGAGAGCUCCGAGGAGACCAAAGGAAGCUUCAGCAGCGAUAAGAGCGGGGUGGGUCUUGCCGAGAUCCAACAGAAUCUAUCAAGUAUGAAGUCAGAAGCUCCUGAUCCUGAUUCUGACUUGACCCCUGACCCUGAUCAUAACACUGACCUGGAGAGGGAGAGCAGCAGUGAGGAGAUGGAGACCACUGCUGGGGAUGAUGACGGAGACGAGACACCUGUGUCUUUGCUGGAGGUGGUGUCUGAGCUGGAGGCUAGCAGGGAGGACGAGUGUGAUGGAGUUACUGACGGGGCUUGUGAGGAGGAGUCUGACUUGUUGGUUCCUUUAGAUACAGCAUGCUGUAUGGCCCAAGAGGGUUUCCUUUAUGAGGCUUCUGCCCCGGAGGCGGUGUCUCGUCUUGGCCAAAGCCCCCAGCCGCAGCCCUGUGAAACCCUGGUGGUCAACCAGGAGCCCCAGGCCCUCCUUCCACUACAGGAUGACUACGCGGUGGGUUCUCCAUGCUCAGACAGUCCUGCAGCUGGGCUCGAGCUGCCUGUCGGGCCCCUUGGAGAUGCGGUUUCCCGUACCUCAGUGGAGGAUGGGUCAGACUGUACCAUGAGUGCUUCUACAGGGUCUGAUCGGGCUGCUUCUCCUCUUGGCUAUGGGGGAGUGGUGACCCUGCGUCAGAGGAAGAAGGCUGGACAAGGAGCCUUGAGGUUUGUGCGACAGUACCCCUUUGCGAUGCAAGCUCUGUGGUGUCUGCUGAGCGGCAGGACCCUGGUGGUGCUCGGGGCAGAUGAGGGGAGAGUCCGCAGACUGGUUGCUGCUCUGGCCCUCUUCGUGCCUGGUCCUGGGAAGUGUGGUGAGAGGGUUCAAGCCUGGCUGUCCUGCUCCUUCACCCUUACUGACCUGCAGAGGUGGAAACUCAUUGGAUUGCAAAGAGUAGCCUCCCCUGUGGGCUCCAGCAUGCUUUACUCACUGUCCCGCUACAGUCGCUACAUCUCCAUCCUGGAUGCUGACCAGAAGACCUUGCGCUGUCCGCCGUAUCGUGGCCAACUCCUCGCCAACAUAGCCGACCACCGCACUUACAUCCGCCGUGGCUCCACCUACUUCCUUCACUUACAGAGCACCCUCUGUCACAUGGCAGCCAGGGCCUUCCUGUUUACCUUCACCCACCACCUCCACCUGCCGGUCAGCCCCACGGAGGGGCCCGAGGUCGUGGAGGGCCGACGCCGCUGCUUCCUGCAGGAGCAGCUGGGGCUGGGAGAGGAGGACAGCCAAAUACUGCUCUACCUCAGCCAGCUCAUCACUCAGCAGUACCUACAGCCCGACACCGGGAGCAGUGCAGCAGCACCUUGUUUUAGUUUUAAUUACACCACCAGCGUUUUAUACAAAAUCUGAUACUGGGGCGAGGAUUCCCACACACGUUUUAUCAGAAAUCAUCUUUGACCCUUUGGUUUUUAAAGGUGAUCUUAUAAAGGUCUACGGCUAUUUUAGUUUCAGGACAAACUCUGCACUGGUUAUUGUUUUAUCUGUGUAAUCUCUCUCUGCCUUGCUGUCUAUUUCUCUGGUCUCUCCCUUUCCUCUGUGCGCAGGAAACAGGAGACAGAGUGAGUUGUGAAUGUCAGUGAGUGGGUUCACUUUGCCUGUGUUUGGUUCACAGGUUGACCCUUACAAACACACAUAACAGAGCAGACGAAAGUCGGCUCUGCUUAUUUUCCUUUUAGUCAUUUGUGUGUUUUUCACCUCCACUGAAAAAAAAUGUUACCUACAAAGGCUUGUUGAAAAGGAUAGUUCAGAUUUUUUAAAGUAGGGUUGUAAGAGGUACUUAUCCAUAGUCAUGUUAUUACCGACAGUAGAUGGCGGUCGGCAGAACGUAUUUUAGCCACCUAAAAGAAAUAUGUAUCACUUUAAAUGUACAUUAUAUUUAGAAUAUUUUCUCUGUUUGCUCUAUUCAAAGCCACCAAACUCCAUUGAAAAAUACAGUAACUUUAGGUUGCAGAACACAGGAGUAACUGCUUUACUACUGCUUCAAUCGGUUACUUUGUUUGUGUUAUUUUGUGACUUUGGAUAAUCCGAACUAACCCUUUAAAACACUAAAGUCACACAAUAACACAAACAAAGUAACUGAUCGAGGCAGCAGUAGACCAGCAACUCCUGUGCUCUGUGAAGUAAAAUCACUUGUUUUAUCAAAGGGGUCUGGUGGGUUUGAAGAGAGCAUAAAUAAUGGCCUCAGUUCCUUGUCAGAAAUCGCUGUUUAACAGCAAUGUUUAUUAUAUCAAAACCCUGCCCACAGUCGUACAUACACCGAUCAGCCGCAACAUUAAAAUCACAAACAGGUUCACUGGAACAACAUUUAUCAUCUUGUUACAGUACAACGUUCUGCUAGGAAACCUUUGGCUCUGACAUCCAUGUAGAUGUCACCUGACACGCUCCACCCUCUCAAACACCACUGCAGACCAAGUAUGCCCCUUCACGGCAACAGCAGGCCCCCCAGCAGGACAGUGUACGUCACACUGCCAAAACUGUUCAGCAUUGGGUUGAGGAAUGUAACAAAGAGCUCAAGACGUCAACCUGGCCUCCAAAUUAGCCAGAUACCGAUCUGAUCGAGCAUCCGUGGGACGUGCUGGUACCCCACCUUGCAACCCAUAGGACUCAAAGGAUACGCUGCAAGCGCCUUGGUGCCAGAUACCACAGAACAACCCCUAGAGGUCCUGUAUCCAUGCCAAUCAGUUUGGGAUCUAGGGAGAUUGGAGGCCAGGUUGGCGCCUUGAGCUCUUUGUCACAUUCCUUGGGCCAUUCCUGAGCAGUUUUUGCAGUGUGCCAUGGUGCAUUGUCCAGCUGUGGGGGCCAUUGCCAUAAAGGGGUGUACUUGGUCUGUGGUGGUGUUUGAGUGGAUGGUGUGUAUCAAAUAGCAUCCACAUGAAUGCUAGGACCAAAGGUUUCCCAGUAGAACAUUGCAUUGUAACAAGAUGAUCGAUGUUAUUGACUUCAUCUGUCAGUGGUCAGUGCUCCAGCUCUUCAAACUAGGGUCACGCCAGUUGCCAUCUACUGUGGGUAAUACAGUACUACCUCACACAACCCCACUUAAAAAAAAUCCAAACUAUUCCUUUAAGGUCAGUCUCCCCACCCCUCCUAACACACACACACACACACGCACACACACACACACACAUACA